GUUACAUUUUCACUUUCGAAGCGCGGACCAUGGAGAAAGACCCAACCGAGUCUCCCCAGGACACCGUCUCCUCGACCCACGAUUUCCUCGCGAAACUCCGUCGAAGCAGCCGGAACCGAGAAUCUUACGACGAUCUGACGAACCUCGAGUCGGAAUUACGUCGAGCUUACAUGUCGAAAGAGCUGGAAACGCAGCUGUUGGAGCGUCAAACCGAGCGUUACAUCCAAAACAUACGUAAACAACGGACAUCGAAACAGCAGCUGUUGGAUCAACAGGCGGUCCACGAGGAGGAUCUGCAGCGACAGAUCUCGAAUCAAAAGAAAUCCUCGGAAUACAGAGCCGAGUUGACCUCGCAGAUGGAGGAGAAGGAGGAAGAGAAGAAAAUGAUGAUGGAGGAGGCGAGAAUAGAAAGAGAGGUGCUGACGGAAGUAGACCGAAUCAGGGAAUACACCGAGAGGAGCAGAGCGGAGGAGACGAAGAUGGAACGGAUGGAAACUAUGAAGAGAGAAUAUUUGAUCCACGAAGAGAUGAAGGAGAUUCGUCGUCAGGAGGACAUGGAAGCGGAAGCGAUAAAACUUGAAGAGGACCAGCAGUAUCUGAAGGAGUUGGACGAACGUAAAUUAAAAAUGAAACAACUUCUUCAGGAGCAACAUGAAAGAAGGGAGAAAAUUAUUCUUGAAUUAGGAAGAGUGUUGAUGUGUAAAGAAAUGGAGAAAAGAGAAAGAGAGAUAUUGAUGAUCGAACUGGUGACUGAAGAUUUAAAACGCGAAUUGAUGAUUAAAGAUGAAGAGGAGAGGGCCAGGAGACAGAUGAUGAGGGAGGAACUAGCAAAUGAUCUUCAGGAGCAAAUUAUUUUUACUGAAGAAUGUAAAAUGCGUUUCGUGGAGCAAGACAAAGCGUUUGCCGAAGAGAUCAUGAAAAAUAUCAUGGAAAAUGAAAGAAUUGCUAGGCUCACUUAUAAUGCCAGAAAAAGAAUGCAGGCUCAGUACAAGGAUGAUCUAGCGAGGUUAAUAGAGACCCGUCGUAUCAUUCGACAGAGGGAAAUCUGUAAGAUGGAGGAGGAAGCUAAGGACGAGGGAAAGAGGGAGAAGAAGAAGUUGGAGAUGGUUCACGAUGAAAGGAAGAGACUGUUGGAACAACACGUGAAGAAUAUUUCCGAGUUUAUUGAUAAGGCGGCCCUUACUCAAGAGGAAAUGAGAAUUGUUAAUAAACCAUGAAAUUUAUGUAAUGACGGUAUAAAGAUUUAAAUGCUGGAAUGUCUUUUGGGGCGUUUUUAAGGAUUUUUUGCAUUUUUUUUUAGAAUUUUUUAGAGCUCUAGAGCAAUCUUAGAAAAUUUUAUGUUUCUUAAAAUUUUUUAGCAUUCACAGGGAUUUUUGGGAUUUGUUUGAAC